UUCAUACAUAUUCUGUGUGCCACAUUGUCAUAUUUUAUUAUUACCUAAGCUUUUGUCACUUAGUAGAACAGAUUUUUGGUCAGUUUUGGAAAAUGGGUUCUCGAAACCAUGAGGUAUCAAUGUUGAUGGAGAAUGGUGGUGGUGGGAACAUCGUGAAGGGGUUGAGCAAGGAAAUGAGACAUGGCAGAACGGCACAUAACAUGUCAUCAUCUUCUUUGCACAAGAAAUCUGACCUAACUCUUGUGUCUAAGGUUCACUCUAUCCCCCUCAGGAAUGUGUUGGUGAAUUUGCAAGAGGUUGUUCUUGGAACCAAGCUCUCUAUUCUUUUCCCUGCCAUUCCCCUUGCCGUUGUUGCUCAAUGCUAUGGCUUUGGAAGACCUUGGAUUUUUGCAUUGAGCUUACUUGGGCUUACCCCACUUGCUGAACGAGUCAGUUUCUUGACAGAACAACUCGCUUAUUACACUGGUCCCACAGUGGGAGGACUUUUGAAUGCAACAUGUGGGAAUGCUACAGAGCUCAUCAUAGCAAUUUUUGCCCUUAGCAAUAACAAAAUUCACGUGGUCAAGUAUUCUCUACUGGGUUCCAUCAUUUCUAAUCUUCUUCUGGUUCUCGGAACCUCUCUAUUCUGUGGUGGCAUUGCAAACAUUAGAAAGGAGCAAAAAUAUGAUAGAAGACAGGCAGAUAUAAACUUGCUCAUGUUGUUUGUGGCACUGCUUUGCCACUUGCUGCCAGUGUUGUUCCAUUAUGUUGGUGCCUCAGCUGCUGACACUGCAGAGUCAUCUCUGCAGUUGUCAAGAGCUGCUAGCAUUGUUAUGGUGAUUGCUUAUUGCGCUUACCUCGUCUUCCAAUUAUGGACUCACCGGCAGCUAUUUGAAGCCCAGGAUGAAGUUGAUGAAGAAGGUGGCAAUGAAUCAGAAGAAGCAGUGAUAGGAUUCUGGAGUGCAUUUGCUUGGCUGGUUGGGAUGACUGUGAUCAUUGCUCUACUGUCUGAAUAUGUCGUGCAAACAAUUGAGGAUGCAUCCGAUUCAUGGGGUUUGUCUGUUAGCUUCCUCAGCAUAAUCUUGCUACCAAUAGUUGGCAAUGCAGCUGAACAUGCAGGAGCGAUAAUAUUUGCCUUCAAGAACAAACUGGACAUCUCGUUGGGUGUUUCCUUGGGUUCGGCAACUCAAAUUAGCAUGUUUGUGGUUCCCCUAUGUGUGAUUGUUGCUUGGAUAAUGGGAAUCAAAAUGGACCUCAACUUCAACAUCCUAGAGACAGGUUCUUUUGCUGUGGCAAUAACAAUCACAGCCUUCACGUUACAGGAUGGAACUUCUCACUACAUGAAAGGCCUUGUUCUCCUACUCUGCUACAUUGUUAUUGGGGCAUGCUUUUUUGUACAAAGAACACCCUCCAAUGUUGCUAACAUAACGCUUAAAUCAGCUACCGAAGCAGUGUUUAGAGCUCAAUAGCAGGCGUAUUGGCCAAUUUUGGUCUCUCUGAGAUAAAGGGGUGCAACAUCCAAGCUUAGAACAAGAUUCAAUGGAUUUCUUAUUUGUUCAUUUUAAUCAUUGUUAUCCCCAGAAAGCUGAAGAAGUUUGCAUGCAGUAGCUUGCGAUCAAUUUGGUUGUCUCUGUAUAUAGUUCCCUUCAAAGGAUUUUGUGUCAAGAUUUUCAUCUCAUAAUGUAUAAUAUAGAUGAGAGUUGUGGCAUGAUUCUCAAAUAAAAUGAGGUCCUUUGGAAUUUGGAGUCACAGGCAAGGCUGUUGAUAGUGCAAGACAAUUAAGGCCAUUGCCUUAAGCUUCUUAAUUUUAUUUUACUUGUUAUUAUGUAAACUUUACAUGAAUCAGUUUCUAUUGUUCAAAUUGCAAUGGACAAGGAUGUUCUAUGAUGAAAAAA